AUAAAUAUAAGAGAUUGAAUAGUGGCAGGCAAGGCAGCCGCUCUUCUCCAGCAGACCCAGCUUUCUCCAUAAUUGAAUUCAUAAAAUAAAAAUAAAAUUUAGUAUAAGAAGAAUAACAAAUUAAAGAGUCAUGGCGAUGCGUGAGCUUGUUACAGGUGGAGCUGCUUGUGCUGCUUCUGGAUCUUCUUCUUCUUCUUCUAAUCCUCUUGGUGCUCUCGCCAACGCUCUUAUCGGCACUUCUUCUAAGACUCAGGAGAGGCUGAAAGAGAUACCUACAGCCACACCAACAACUUCCGAUUCUCAGUUCUACUCUGAAACCAGUAACCAUUUCACAGCGCUUCCUGGUUCUGAGUUUGACCACCAACUUCUGCAACCUAAUGCUCAGGUCUCAGAAUUUCUUGGUGGCUUCCGCUCGGGUAAUCAUAAUGGAUUUUCAGAUGUUUGGAAUGAGAUUCAGCUUCAAUCUCAACCUUCCUUCGAGAAUUUUCCUCCUCCUCCUCCUCCUCAGCUUCAACCUACUUUGGAGGGACCGCCGCAAAGAGUGUUAUCAAGUUUUCUGCAUUCCUUUGUUGAGAGUAGUCGUGGUGGUGUUCCUUUUCGUCCUACUUCGCUUCCACUAUUAGGUUUAUCUGAAGGCGACAAGCAGUGCAUACGUGAUCGUAGCAGCAUUAUGGCUCGCCAUUUUUUUGCUGAUAAGAGUGAAGAUUUUAUCAAUGCUCAGGUAAAUUCAUUAUUGUCUUCUUUAGAGAUUGACAGCGAUGCCCGUGUUAAGGGACCUUUGCCUGGUAGGUAUCGUGAGCUGGAAGAUUAUUGGAAUGAAUCCCAAGGUAUGCUUAAACCUGGUCCUCAACCUGCCGAUGGAUGGGUUGCUGAAUAUAGCCAGCACAGAGCAGCACAUGACAAUCCUAAUGCUUGGGCUCACUCAUUUGAACAACAACAUGGUGUGAAUGGGUGGGCAUCUGAAUUUGAGCAAGAACAAUCUCAGUUGGCAUCAGUAGAUCAAUUGAGAGGUGUGAAUAUUUCGAAUGCGAUGGAGCAAACUCGUAUGCUUGCACAUACACUUGCUCAAAAUAAUGAUCCUAAAUUUCAGAAUUCAAAGUUUCUUCAAUUUGUGUCAAGGAUGAGUCGGGGUGAACUUAUUAUUGAUGAUAAUCAAGUCAAAGCAGCUCCGAUGUCUGCUCCUGGGGAUUGGGCAGUUGAAUACCAACAACAGUAUGAUGGGGGUCCAGAUUGGGCUAGAGAAUUUAAACACAAUGAGUUUUCCCUUGGAGCUAAACAGUGGGUGGAUGAGUUUGCUGUGGAACAAGAGCAGCAUGGUACAGUUGACGAUCAGUGGGUCAAUGAAUUCUCCAAAUUGCAUGUUAAUGAUUGGGUGGAAGAAUUUGGGCAGCAAGUUGGUGAUGCUUCUCUAGGGGAUACUUCGGCUGAUAGUUGGGUGAAUGCAUAUGAUGAUUUCUUAAACGAGCAAGUGGCUACCAAGCAGUGGUCAGAUGCUUCAAGGCGGGUCUACGUCUUUUCAGAUAUGAAUCCUUAUGUUGGUCAUCCUAACCCUUUAAAAGAAGGCCAAGAGCUGUUCCGCAAAGGGCUUUUGAGUGAAGCAGUACUUGCUCUAGAGGCUGAAGUUUUGAAAAACCCUGACAAUGCUGAAGGUUGGAGGUUACUUGGAAUAGCGCAUGCAGAGAAUGAUGAUGAUCAACAGGCUAUUGCUGCAAUGAUGCGUGCACAGGAAGCUGAUCCUACAAAUCUGGAAGUGCUUCUUGCUCUUGGUGUGAGUCAUACAAAUGAGUUGGAACAGGCUGCUGCAUUGAAAUACUUGUAUGGAUGGCUGCAUCAUCAUCCAAAAUAUGGAACACUGGCCACUCCAGAGCUUCCUGAUUCUUUGUAUUAUGCUGAUGUUUCUAGGUUAUUCAUUGAAGCCUCCCGUGUGUCACCUGAUGAUGCUGACAUACACAUAGUACUUGGUGUCUUGUACAACUUGUCCAGAGAGUAUGACAAAGCCAUUGAGUCCUUCCAGACAGCUUUGAAACUCAGGCCACAAGAUUACUCUCUUUGGAACAAACUCGGUGCAACACAAGCCAAUAGUGUUCAGAGUGCUGAUGCAAUAUUGGCGUAUCAACAGGCACUAGAUUUAAAGCCUAACUAUGUUCGUGCGUGGGCAAAUAUGGGUGUUAGUUAUGCAAACCAGGGUAUGUAUGAGGAUUCAAUUCGUUACUAUGUUCGGGCACUAGCAAUGAAUCCCAAGUCGGAUAAUGCCUGGAAAUAUUUGAGUAUUUCUUUAAGUUCUGCUUCUAGGAAUGACAUGCUGGAAGCUUGCAAUUUGCGUAAUCUUGAUGUCCUCCAAAAGGAGUUUCCCCUGUAAUUGUUUAAUUGAUUGGUUUGUUGAAUCCUAGGAGAAAUUCUGGCAUCAUUUUGGUGAACAGCCCUGCGGGAGUAUGGAGAGCUAGUGGAAGAUGAAAAAACGUGGCCAGGAGUAUUUUUCAAAAUGUAACAAGUAUAUCCUGCUUGGGAGGUAUAUUUUAGUCCUUAAUAAAAGCAUGAAAAAGUAAUGCUGUGUUGUGGAACUGGUUGGAAAAGAGAUCAAAGUAGGCCAUCUUGCAACUCAUACAUAGAUGUUGUAUUGAAUAUAUGAUCAAUAAAACAAGUUAAUGUUUCAGAUUUAGAAACA